CAUUAGGCGCCGGAAGUUGUUGUUGUGCUGAGGUGGUGCAGCCGGUGAUAUGGCGCCUAAAGGAAAAGCAGCCACUAAGGGAAAGAAGCAGAUCUAUGAAGAAAACAAGGAGACCCUGACGUUUUACCUGCGCAUAAUUCUCGGAGCCACUGCGCUGAAUGGAGCCGUGAACCUGGGCUUGUUUUACAUCUCCUCCACCUUCUGGACUUGGGCAUCCUUGGUGUUCAGUGCAAUAGUGUAUGCUGCAGCUUAUCGCUCAAUGCGUGGCAUGGCCCAGGCAUCGUUUUCUGAAGAUGGAAGCCUGCUAGAUGGAGGAAUAGACUUGAACAUGGAGCAAGGAAUGGCAGAACACAUUAAAGAUGUUGUUUUGCUGACUGCUAUCGUGCAGGUCCUGAGCUGCUUUUCGAUGUACGUCUGGUACUUCUGGCUGCUGGCUCCAGGACGCGCUCUGUACUUGCUUUGGGUUAAUGUUCUUGGCCCGUGGUUCACCUCUGACUCCUCGGAAGCUGCCCCUCAGGAGCAGAAUGAGAAGCGGCAAAGACGACAAGAGCGGAGACAGAUGAAGCGUUUUUGAGGCCCCAGCCCUAUUUUUACCAUUUCACAUGUGAAACAGACUGACUCCUGCUGUACGCUGUGAGACUUGUUCACGGUGAAGCUGCUCUUCGAGUACUCAGAAUGUAAAUCCAAGCCUGGAUUUGUUCGGACAUAUGGGCUAUAUCUUCUUCAAUGUUAAAUAAAAUAAAGGAGAUGAAAGACAAUUUCUUACAGUCCGCCAUUUCUAUGUAAUACGAGCUGCAUUAAAUCCCACUGCUCACUCUGUUA